AUGGAGCAGGUUGGGCAAUUCGUCUCCGGAGAACGAGAUUAUACCAAGAUGGAGGGGGGUACAGGGCCGUUGGUGUAUCCCGCUGCGCAUUUGUACACGUACACGGGGCUAUAUUACCUGACGGAUAGUGGGAAGAAUAUCCUGUUGGCGCAGCAGUUGUUUGCUGUGCUGUACAUGGCUACGUUGGCGGUGGUUAUGCUGUGCUAUUGGCAGGUGCCGCCGUAUAUUUUCCCGUUGCUGAUUCUAUCGAAGCGUCUUCAUAGCGUUUUCGUCCUUCGGUGCUUCAAUGACUGCUUUGCAGCCUUUUUCCUGUGGCUCGCUAUAUUCUUCCUGCAGAGACGGCAGUGGACUCUGGGGACCAUGGCCUACAGCUGGGGACUGGGAAUCAAGAUGUCACUUUUGCUUGCCCUGCCAGCCGUGGGUAUAGUUUCGUUCCUGGGGAGAGGAUUUGGUGGCAGUCUGCGGCUGGCAUGGCUGAUGGCGCAGCUGCAGCUCGUUAUUGCAGUUCCGUUCUUGGCCAAGAAUUGGCACGGCUAUUUGAGCAGGGCGUUUGAGCUUUCACGGCAGUUCAAGUUUGAGUGGACGGUCAAUUGGCGCAUGUUGGGGGAAGAAUUGUUUCUCAGCAAGCAGUUUGCCCUUGUUCUAUUGGGUCUCCAUGCGCUGACUCUCCUCAUUUUCAUCACUGCCCGAUGGUUGCAGCCAACUGGUCGAUCUCUGGUAUCCCUGAUUCCUCCUAUGCUUCGUGGGCAAUCCCCUUUCACACCGGCAGAGGAACUGCAGGUUUCCAGCCGAGUUACUCCUGAGUUUGUGAUGACCAGCAUCCUUUCAGCCAAUGUUAUUGGGUUGCUCUUUGCAAGGUCAUUGCACUACCAAUUUUAUGCCUAUCUGGCUUGGGCAACUCCAUAUUUGUUGUGGAAGGCUUGGCCUUAUACUCCCGUGGUGUAUUUGCUGUGGGCAGUUCAAGAAGCGGCUUGGAAUACGUUCCCCAGUACCGACCUCAGCUCCACAGCUGUGGUGAAUGUGCUGCUUAUAACAGUAGCACUGGUAUACUUUGGUACUUCGAAGCCCGUCAAAUCAGGGGACCGGAAAUCGGCCAAGGUCUCAAAGAAGAAUAGGUGA